AUGCCUUUAUGUAUCAAAAUCUUGUUGUUCUUCUUCAUAUCAUUAGCAAGAUUCACUAAUUCAGAAGCAUGGGGUCGACAUCAUGUGUUUUUCGUGAAGGAGGCAUCGUAUACACGACUUUGUGAAACGAAAACCAUUUUAACAGUAAAUGAACAAUUUCCAGGACCAACGUUGUAUGUUCAUGAAGGAGAUACAAUUUAUGUCAAGGUCCAUAACAAUGGAAGAUACAACAUCACCAUUCAUUGGCAUGGUGUAAAGCAACCACGGAAUCCAUGGAGUGAUGGUCCUGAAUAUAUCACACAGUGUCCGAUUCAACCAGGUGAUUCGUUUAACUACAAGAUCAUAUUCUCAUCGGAGAUUGGGACACUAUGGUGGCAUGCUCAUAGCGACUGGUCUAGAGCCACCGUCCAUGGUGCUAUCAUCGUGUACCCCAAACAUGGCACCACCUAUCCCUUCCCCGAGCCUUAUCAGGAAGUGCCCAUAAUUUUUGGCGAGUGGUGGAAAGAAGAUAUUAUGGAAGUGCUCGAGGAAUUUGUCGCAUCAGGUGGUGCCCCAAGAGACUCUGAUGCUUAUACCAUCAAUGGUCAACCUGGUGAUCUUUAUCCAUGUUCGAACCAAGAUAUCUUCAAGUUAAAUGUGAAAUACGGGAAAAGAUAUCUUUUACGUAUGGUGAAUGCUGCAAUGAACGAAAUCCUCUUUUUCGCCAUUGCUAAUCAUUCACUAACAAUUGUGGGAGCCGAUGGUGGCUACACCAAGCCAGUGACAAAAGAAUAUGCAGUAAUCGCCCCCGGCCAAACACUUGAUUGUUUGUUAGAAGCAACCAAGGCGGCCGGUGGCAGUUACUACAUGGCUGCCAGAGCAUAUUCAACCGCGUUUGGCAUUCCAUUUGAUAACACCACCACCACCGCAAUCCUUGAAUAUGAUAAUGGAACUAAUUUACCAACAACCACUCCCUUCCCUUCUCUACCUUUUUACAACGACUCCAGUGCUGCUUUUGACUUUCUUAUUGGUCUCAAGAGCCCGGGCCCACUUUUAUUCCCGUUAAACAAGUACGAUAUGCAAAUAUAUUCCACCGUUUCUGUAAACGCAGUCCCAUGUCAGAACAAUUCAUGUGCGGGCCCAAAUGAUACACGACUGGCAGCUAGUAUGAACAACAUAAGUUUUGUAUCUCGGUUUAUUGAUAUACUUGAAGCAUAUUAUUAUAACAUCAACGGUGUGUUUGGGACACGGUUUCCUAGUGUUCCUCCAUUGUUUUUCAACUUUACUAGUACUAACUUACCAUCGAUUUUACUAACACCUAAGAGGGCUACGGAAGUGAGGGUGAUCGAGUAUAAUUCAAUCAUAGAAGUGGUUUUUCAAGGAACAAACUUGGUAGCGGGUAUUGAUCAUCCUAUGCAUUUGCAUGGAUUCGAUUUUUACAUCCUUGGAUGGGGAUUUGGCAACUUUGAUAAAAAUAAUGACCCGUUGAAGUAUAACCUCGUUGACCCACCUCAUCGAAACACAGUCAUUGUUCCAAUAAAUGGAUGGGUUGCGAUUAGGUUCAAAGCUCAUAACCCUGGAGUAUGGUUUAUGCAUUGUCAUCUUGAGCGUCACCUUACAUGGGGGAUGGAAACAGUAUUCAUCGUUAAGAAUGGCAAAGAGGCUCAAGAACGCAUCCUACCACCACCCCUACACAUGCCACGAUGCUAA